GCCACCAGUGAGGACACACGCCGCCACCCGCUGAGCCCAGCCUGAGCCAGCACCUGCCUUCACCACCAUGUUCAAGGGGCUGAGCAAAGGCUCCCAGGGGAAGGGGUCCCCCAAGGGCUCCCCAGCCAAGGGCUCUCCCAUGGGCUCCCCCAGCAAGCACAGCCGAGUUGCCACCCAGGAGCUGGCCGUGCUCAUCUCCCGCAUGCAGGCCAACGCUGACCAGGUAGAGAGGGACAUCUUGGAGACCCAGAAGAGGCUGCAGCAGGACCGGCUGCACAGUGAGCAGAGCCAGGCCCUGCAGCACCGGCAGGAGGCAGGCCGCAACCUGAAGGAGGCCGAGGUUUUGCUGAAGGACCUCUUUCUGGAUGUGGAUAAGGCCCGGCGGCUAAAGCACCCACAGGCCGAGGAGAUAGAGAAGGACAUCAAGCAGCUGCACGAGCGGGUGACCCAGGAGUGUGCCGAGUACCGCGCCCUGUACGAGAAGAUGGUGCUGCCCCCCAACAUGGGGCCCAGAGUGGACUGGGCACGGGUGCUGGAGCAGAAACAGAAGCUGGUCCGCGAGGGGCACUACGGGCCGGGCAUGGCAGAGCUGGAGCAGCAGGUGGCUGAGCACAACAUCCUGCAGAAGGAGAUCGACACCUACGGGCAGCAGCUGCGGAGCCUUGUGGGGCCGGACUCGAACUCCAUCCGCAGCCAAUACCGGGACCUACUGAAGGCUGCCUCCUGGCGCGGGCAGAGCCUGGGCAGCCUGUACACGCACCUGCAGGGCUGCACGCGCCAGCUGAGUGCCCUGGCCCAGCAGCAACACCGCAUCCUGCAGCAGGACUGGAGCGACCUCAUGGCGGACCCCGUGGGCGUGCGGCGGGAGUAUGAGCACUUCAAGCAGCGUGAGCUGCUCAGCCAGGAGCAGUGCGUGAACCAGCUGGAGGACGAUGGGGAGCGCAUGAUGGAGCUCGGGCACCCGGCCGUGGGGCCCAUCCAGGUCCACCAGGAGGCCCUGAAGAUGGAGUGGCAGAACUUCCUGAACCUGUGUAUCUGCCAGGAGAGCCAGCUGCAGCACGUGGAGGACUACCGCCGGUUCCAGGAAGACGCGGACUCUGUCAGCCAGACCCUGGCGAAGCUCAACUCCAGCCUGGAUACUCAGUAUGGCCCUGCCCCUGGGGGGCCCCCUGGCACUCACACAGAGCUGCUACGACAGCUGGAGGCAGAGGAGAAGAAGCUGGCUGUGGCUGAGAAGACCAUUGGGGACCUGCAGCGGCGGAGCCGGGAGGUGGUCCCUCUGCCACAGCGCAGGAACCGGCCCCAGCAGCCUGUGCCCGUGGACAGCAUUUGUGACUGGGACGCGGGAGAAGUGCAGCUGUUGCGGGGUGAGCGGUACAUGCUGAUGGACAACACUGACCCACACACCUGGGUCGUGCAGGGCCCAAGCGGGGAGACCAAGCGUGCCCCGGCCGCCUGCUUCUGCAUCCCAGCUCCAGACCCUGCCGCCGUAACCAGGGCCUCCAAGCUGGCCUCCGAGCUGCAGGCCCUGAAGCAGAAGCUGGCCACGGUCCAGAGCCGCCUGAAGGCCAGCGUUGCAGAACCCGUACGGCCUGGCCAGCAGGCUCCGACUGGCUCAGCCACAGCUGACCCACAGGCCCAGAAGCUCCUGACACAGAUGACCCGGCUGGAUGGGGACCUGGGGCAGAUAGAGAAGCAGGUGCUGGCCUGGGCCCGGGCCCCGCUGAGCCAUUCGGCACCACUGAAGGACCUGGAGGGCCGAAUCCAAAGCCACAAGGGCACAGCCCAGCAGCUGCAGAGCCUGGGAGCAGAAAAGGAGGCAGCCCAGCGGGAGUGUGAGGCGUUGCUGUCAGCGCGGCCAGUGGGCCCUGCCGCCCUGCACCUGCCCGUGGCCCUCAACAACCUCAAGAACAAGUACAGUGAUGUGCAGGUUCUCUGCAACCUCUACGGGGAGAAAGCCAAGGCUGCCCUGGGUCUGGAGCGGCAGAUCCAGGAGGCGGACAGGGUCAUCCAAGGCUUCGAGUCUGCGCUGGCACAGGAGGCCCCCAUCCCUGCCGGCCCAGGCACCCUGCAGGAGAGGGCCAGCGAGCUGCAGCACCUGCGGAGGGAGCUGCUGGGGCAACAGGCCUGUGUGCUGGGGCUGCACCGCGAGCUGAAGGCCGCCGAGCACGCGUGCAGCGCGCUGCAGAACAAUUUCCACGAGUUCUGCCAAGACUUGCCACGCCAGCAGCGCCAGGUGCGGGCCCUCACUGACCGCUACCACGCCGUAGGGGACCAGCUAGACCUGCGGGAGAAGACCUUGCAGGAUGCCAACCUCACCUACCAGCAGUUUAAGAACUGCAGGGACAACCUGAGCUCCUGGCUGGAGCACCUGCCCCACAACCAGGUGCGGCCCAGCGACGGGCCCAGCCAGAUUGCCUACAAGCUGCAGGCGCAAAAGAGGCUGCUGCGGGAGAUCCAGGGCCGGGAGAGGGACAGGGCCGUGGCAUCCCGCCUCUCCCAGGACCUGCAGGAGGCUCUCCAGGACUAUGAGCUGCAGGCAGACACCUACUGCUGCUCCCUGGAGCCCACCCGGGCAGGGUCAGCCCCCAAGAGAACCCGAGUGGCUCCCCUGCAGGAGAGCAUCCAGACCCAGGAGAAGCAGCUGACAGGCGCCUACACUGAGGCUGUAGCUGUGCACCAAGAGCAGCUGCACCAGCUGGAGUUCGCCAGAAAGAUGCUGGAGAAGAAGGAGCUCAGUGAGGACACCCAGGUGGCCCAUGGUGCACAGCAGGGGUCUGAGAGCCCAGCCCGCGCAGGAAGGGAAUCUGAGGCCCUCAAGUCCCAGCUGGAGGAGGAGAGGAAACGGGUGGCCCAGGUGCAGCGUGAGCUGGAGGAGCAGAGGGACCGACUGCUGCAGCUGAGGACCCAGCGGCCCUUGGAGAGGCUGGAGGAGAAGGAAGUGGUGGAGUUUUACCGGGACCCCCAGCUGGAGAGCAAGCUGUCCAGGGUGAAGUCCCAGGUGAAGGACGAGGGCAUCAAGCGGGCUGGCCUGCAGGCGGACCUGGAGGUGGCGGCCCAGAAGGUCGUGCAGCUGGAAAGCAAGAGGAAGGCCAAGCAGCCGCACCUGCUGACCAAGGAGGUCACCCAGAUAGAGAAGGACCCCGGUCUGGACAGCCAGGCAGCCCAGCUCAGCAGGGAGAUCCAGCACCUCCGGAAGGAGAACACUGCCGUCUCAGCCCGGCUGGAGCAGCUGAAGAAGGAGCUGCUGGCCCUUGAGCAGAAGGAGGCGAACGUGAAGGAGAAGGUUGUGGUGAAAGAAGUGGUCAAGGUGGAGAAGGACCUGGAAAUGGUCAAGGCAGCCCGGGCCCUGAGGCAGCAGGUGCAGGAGGACGCUGCGCAGAGGAAGAGGGCGGAGGGGGCCGUGGCCAAGCUGCAGGCUCGCAUCGCGGACCUGGAGCAGGCAAUCAGCACCGUGCAGCCCAAGGUGAUCGUGAAGGAGGCGAAGAAGGUGGAGCAGGACCCCGGUGCUGUCAAGGAGGCGUCCAGGCUGCGGAGCCUCCUCGAGGGGGAGAAGAGUAAGAACGCCGUGCUGGCCAAGGAGCUGAAGGAGCUGCAGGGCAAGUACAGCGCGGCGGAGAAGCAGAAGCCCAAAGUGGAGCUCCAGGAGCACGUCCGCGAGAUCUUCCAGGUGGAUCCAGAGACGGAGCGGGAGAUCGCGCGGCUCAGGGCCGAGCUGCAGGCGACAGCCAGCAAGAGGAGCGGUGUGGAGAAGGAGGUGGAGAGGCUGCUGCCCGACCUGGCCGUCCUGCGGGCCCAGAAGCCCCUGGUGGAGUACAAGGAGGUGAUGCAGGAGGUGGUCAGACACGAGAGGAGCCCCGAGGUGCUGCGGGAAAUCGACCGCCUGAAGGCUCAGCUCAACGAGCUGGUCAACACCAGCGGCCGUGCCCAGGAGCAGCGCAUCCGACUGCAAGGAGAGCGCGACGAGUGGAAGCGGGAGCGGUCCAAGGUGGAGACCAAGACGGUGAGCAAGGAGGUGGUGCGGCACCAGAAGGACCCGGUCCUGGAGAAGGAGGCCGAGCGGCUCCGCCAGGAGGUACGGGAGGCGGUGCAGAAGCGGCGGGCCACCGAGGACGUGGUCUACGAGCUGCAGAACAAGUACCUGCUGCUGGAGAGGAGGCGGCCUGAGGAGAAAGUGGUGAUGCAGGAGGUGGUGGUCACCCAGAAGGACCCAAAGCUCCACGAGGACCACAGCCGGCUGAGCCGGAGCCUGGAUGAGGAGGUGGGCCGGCGGCGGCAGCUGGAGCGGGAGGUGCAGCAGCUGCUGGCCGGUGUGGAGGAGAAGGAGGGCCUGCUCAGCUUCCAGGAGGACCGUGACAAGAAGCUGGCCGUGGAGAAGGAGCUGCGCCAGCUGACCUUGCGGAUCCAGGAGCUCGAGAAGCGGCCUCCUGCGGUGCAGGAGAAGAUCAUCAUGGAGGAGGUGGUCAAGCUGGAGAAGGACCCGGAUCUGGAGAAGUCCACUGAAGCCCUGCAGCAGGACCUGGACCAGGAGAAGACCCAGGUGACAGAGCUGCAUCGGGAGUGCAAGAACCUGCAGGUCCAGAUUGAUGUCCUCCAGAAAACCAAAUCUCAAGAGAAGACCAUCUACAAGGAAGUGAUCAGGGUGGAGAAGGACCGGGUGCUGGAGGGUGAGCGGUCCCGGGUGUGGGAGAUGCUCAACAGGGAGCGCGCGGGCCGGAAGGGCCGGGAGGAGGAGGUGCAGCGCCUCCGGGAACGGAUCGACAGGGCAGAAGCACUGAGCAGGACCUGGGCCCGGGAGGAGGCCGAGCUGCAGAAGGCUCGGAACCAGGGGAGCCAGGAGUGCAGGCAGCUGCAGCAGGAGCUAAGGGAGCUGGAGCGGCAGAAGCAGCAGAAGGUGCUGCAGCUGCAGGAGGAGUCGAAGCUGCUCAGCCAGAAGACAGAGAGCGAGCGGCAGAGGGCUGCCCACCAGGGCCAGGAGCUCUCGCAGCUCAAGGCGGCCAUCCUCCAGGAGAAGGACCAGAUCUACGAGAAGGACAGGACCCUCCGGGACCUCCACAGCAAGGUGAGCCGGGAGGAGCUCAACCAGGAGACCCAGAAGCGAGAGACCAACCUUUCCACCAAGAUCUCCAUCUUGGAACCUGAGACCGGGGACGACAUGUCCCCGUAUGAGGCCUACAAGAGGGGCAUCAUCGAUCGAGGCCAGUACCUCCAACUGCAGGAGCUCGAGUGUGACUGGGAAGAGGUCACCACCUCAGGCCCCUGUGGGGAGGAGUCGGUGCUCCUGGAUCGGAAGAGUGGGAAGCAGUACUCCAUCGAGGCCGCCCUGCACUGCCGGCGCAUCUCCAAGGAGGAGUACCACCUCUACAAGGACGGCCGCCUCCCCAUCUCCGAGUUCGCCCUGCUUGUGGCAGGGGAGACCAAGCCCUGCUCCUCACUCUCCAUCGGCUCCAUCAUCUCCAAGUCCCCAGUCACCUCCCCAGCCCACCAGAGUGCCAGUGUCUUCUCUCCUGGCUUCUCUCUCGGGCUGGGCGAUGACAGCUUCCCCAUUGCCGGCAUCUACGACACCACCACAGACAACAAGUGCACCAUCAAGACGGCCAUGGCCAAGAACAUGCUGGACCCCAUCACUGGGCAGAAGCUGCUGGAGGCCCAGGCGGCCACAGGGGGCAUCGUGGACCUCCUCACUCGGGAGCGCUACUCCGUGCACAAGGCCCUGGAGAGGGGGCUGAUUGAGAACACCUCCACUCAGAGGCUGCUCAACGCCCAGAAGGCCUUCACCGGCAUCGAGGACCCUGUCACCAAGAAGAGGCUGUCAGUGGGCGAGGCCAUCCAGAAGGGCUGGAUGCCCCGAGAGAGUGUGUUCCCCCACCUGCUGGUGCAGCACUUGACCGGGGGGCUCAUCGACCCCAAGAGGACAGGCCGCAUCCCCGUCCCGCAGGCCGUGCUCUCUGGAGUGAUCAGUGAGGAGCUGGCCCAGCUCCUGCAGGACGAGUCCAGCUACGAGAAGGAUCUGACAGACCCCGUCUCCAAGGAGCGGCUGAGCUACAAGGAGGCCAUGGGGCGCUGCCGGAAAGACCCCCUGAGCGGCCUGCUGCUCCUCCCGGCUGUGCUGGAGGGGUACCGCUGCUUCCGCUCGGCCUCCCCCACCGUACAGCAUGUGCUGCGCUGAGGGGCAAAGUCAUGGGAGGGCACGAGAGGGGGAGGGUAAGAUGCAUGUACCCCUCAGCCCAGAGCAACCUGAUUGGGGGGUGGGUCUUCCCUCUGUCUGAUCCCUGUUCUGUUACUCAGCAUUCACGGUGUUGGGCUCCCGCCCCUAACUUCGGUGCCCAGCCCAUCCCCAGACCCAGAGGUUUGCAGAUCUGUCCCUCCACACCCAGUACUUCAAUAAAAGAAU